AUGGCGCCCUGUACGCUCUGGCGCUGCUGCCAGCGCACCGUGGGCUGGGUGCCUGUGCUGUUCAUCACCUUCGUUGUCGUGUGGUCCUACUACGCGUACGUGGUGGAGCUGUGCGUGUUUACACUUUCUGGAAAUGGAGAAAACGGAAAGGCCGUUGUUUACCUUGUGGCUUUCCAUCUGUUCUUUGUUAUGUUUGUAUGGUCCUAUUGGAUGACAAUUUUCACAUCUCCCGCUUCCCCCUCCAAAGAGUUCUGCUUGUCCAAUUCUGAGAAGGAACGUUACGAAAAGGAAUUCAGCCAAGAAAGACAACAAGAAAUUUUGAGAAGAGCAGCAAGGGACUUACCUAUCUACACCACAUCAGCUUCAAAGACCGUCAGAUAUUGUGAAAGAUGUCAGCUGAUUAAGCCUGACCGUGCGCAUCACUGCUCAGCAUGUGACAUGUGUAUUCUUAAGAUGGACCAUCACUGUCCUUGGGUGAAUAACUGUGUGGGAUUUUCUAAUUACAAAUUCUUCCUGCUUUUUUUAUUCUACUCUCUGUUAUAUUGCCUUUUCGUGGCUACAACAGUUUUACAGUACUUCAUAAAAUUUUGGACGAAUGAACUCACAGAUACACGUGCAAAAUUCCACGUACUUUUUCUUUUCUUUGUGUCUACAAUGUUCUUCAUCAGCGUAUUGUCACUUCUCAGCUACCACUGCUGGCUAGUUGGAAAAAACAGAACAACCAUAGAAUCAUUCCGUGCACCCAUGUUUUCAUAUGGAGCUGAUGGAAAUGGUUUCUCACUUGGAUGCAGUAAAAACUGGAGACAAGUCUUUGGCGAUGAAAAGAAAUAUUGGCUGCUUCCAGUAUUUUCAAGCCAGGGUGACGGCUGCAGUUUUCCGACUCGCCUUGUGGGGACGGAUCCAGAGCAAGCUUCUGUCUCAAACCAAAGUGAAAGUGCCAGAAGUAUUGGGUCAAAUCAGCCCUUUCCUAUCAAACCGCUUAGUGAAUCAAAAAACCGCCUGUUGGACAGUGACCCUCAGUGGCUGGAGAGUGGAUCUGAAGAAGGUGUUGGCGGAUCAGGUUUAUAAAAACAUAUUGUGGACUGAUAUUUUCUGUUUUAUUUGCAAGAAAAUGAUCAAUGGGUGAAAUAAUUGAAGUAUAAACGAAGAUAUAUUUUUUAAAAAAGGAAACCUUUGUACAGAUUGCUGGAUCCACAGAAGCACUGCUCCAGAGCGGGAAGAUGCCUUAAUCUUAAAUGAGCCCAUUUGUUCAGCGUUGACUCACAGCCACAAGAGACUUCAUUUUCCUUUGGAAGUAACAUUUUCUCAUAAUAACAUGAGAUGCCAUAAUAUGAGCUAUCAGGUCACAUGUUAACAUGA